AACUUAUGCGGACGAAAAAAUGUUUUGAAAGCUAAAAGAUUUAUAAAAUUUUAGUGGGAAAAUAUUUUAUGAUUGGCGCCCAGAUUUACAUCGGUUUCCUCUGUCUCCCUCUCACACGGAGAACCUCACCUCUUCUCACUUCACCGAAGUCUGUCGCCACCGUUCCUCACGUCCGUCGCACAUCGCCACCGCCGCAAAUCACCACAGCCACCGCCGCAAUACGAACAGCAAAGCUGAGCUGCUAUGAAAACUACUAAACAGAAGAAGAGGAAGACGGUUGAGGCUCCUACAAAAAACAAUGCAAUUGUAGGUUUCACUGGAGUCAAGAAGUCCACAAAUAGAACUAGAGGACAGCGUCAGAGAACAGCAGGGGGAUGUAAAUAUAUCGUGCCUGAACAUGAUCCAGGCAUUUUUCCAUUUAGUGCUGCUCAAAUGGUGGCUCAGCAGCUUCCAAGGAUGGAUGCAUUAUCUAAAGAAACUUUAAAAGAAGUACCUAAACUGGAGCUUCAUCCUUCUGACAAGAUUAAAUUGCAGCUUUUCCCAAUUGAUGAAGGCACUCGAAUCAGAUUGGAGAAAGAUGGUCAUAAUCCAUUUUUGGAACUCACUCUAAGAGCUCGGAAGAAGAUAUCAUCCGUGCUUAAGCACCUGAACAGCAAAUGGGGCAAUUCUAGUAUUGCUCUAGGGGAGCCCAUGCUUUUUCCAUACAAUAUACAAUUGGAAAAACUGAGUACAUACAAGAGAUGGACAUUAAAUGACAGUGACAUUAGUGCAGGUGAUGCAUAUGCAGCUAUAGAAAGUCCAGCAGUUUUUCGCUUAAGGUAUGGCUGGUUCUCCAAUCUUGAGCCCAAAACCGUUGCAGUACCUUCGAGAUGUACUCACUCAGGGGCUUGCUUUGAAUCUGAAGGCCUUCAGAAAGAUUGCAGUACAAUUUCAGAGCUUGUAAAUGACAGUAAGGAAAAUUUUCAGAUAACAAGUGAAGAUUUCAAGCCAAUCAAUAUCAGCAAAGAAGCAGAUGUUGUUGUUGCUAAGAAUAUGUCUGUAGAUGUACCAAUUGGCCAUGCGGAUGAUGAAGUCAAGAUUGGGAAUGGCCUUGCACAAUCAGGGGUGCCAUGGGAUGAUAGUUUGACAAACUUAAGCAUUGGAGGCCUGCUGUCUGACACUUCCUUGCAUGGAAAGAUCAGUAAUUGUGAUCCAAAAUUAAAUGGCAGCAAAUUAAACUUGCAACCAAUUCAAUUAAUCUCCUCAGAUAUAAGUAUUGGCGGCUUGCUGUCUGAAGCAUCUUUGCAAGGCAGGAUUAAUGACCAUGAGCCAAAAUCAAAUGGGAACAAGCUAGGCUUACAACCAACUAUGGAUAAGGGGCUAAUACAAUCAUCAUUACCAUGGGAUGAUAGUCUGGCUACCUUAAACAUUGGAGGCCUGCUGUCUGAAGCAUCCUUGCAGAGCAAGAUUGAUAGUUGUGAUCCAAAACCAAAUGGAAACAAAUUAGGGUUGCAGCCAACUACAUUGAUCUCUGAUUCCUUGGAUGCUUUUAUUGCUGGCAAACUAAAUUCUCAGCCUCAAGCAUCAAAGCCUUCAUCGCAUGUCUCACACUCAUCUAUCUUGGAUGCUGAAGAGACAUGCCAUGCAUUUCCUUUUCGAAAACUGUCUUCGUCUGGCAAAGAUGCUGUGCCGGUGAGUGGAAAUGCUACUCCUAGGGACCACAACCAUGAUGGUAGUUUGAAGUCAUUCAAAUUUUCUAAUUUUGCUGAGCUCAAUGGACAAGGUGAGCUUGCACAAGGUCCUCCUUGUCAGGAAUACAAGACAGGUGGUCUGUUGUCUCAUUUAGGAGUGAAUGACAAUGAAAGUAGCCUUGGGCUGGCUGGCAUCAAAUGGACUGAAUCUUUGGAACCGUUUGAUGUUGGCAUAUCCACUUCACGACAGAUUACAAAUUCGGAUGGUGUUAGCAUUGGUGAAUUUGUUAGGUAGCAGCUUUCAUGUGUUUUGAAUAUGAUUGGAUAUAGAAAGGUUCUGUGGACAAGCAAAAUGCAGGAAAACUGGACUGCUAACAAAUAAAACAACCUCAAGCUAAUGUAGCUUAAUUGCAAUCGCUAAUGCCAUAAAAGGAACUAUUCUGUGCAGUAUUGUGAUUUGUGAACUUGUUAACGUCCCUAGUGGUGAAGGUUCAAGUCACAGAAACAUCCUCAUCCCUGGUUGGCUUAUUUAUUUAUGUGCAGCAGAAGCAGCUUUGAGGGUUGCAUCUGGAAGGACAUUUAUUCCAAAGAAAAUUUGUUUUUGAGCAUUUAUAACAUUCUUGUCUGGGUUACAUGAUGUGCCCAACUAUAAAAUGAUACUUGCACCAUGCAUGUUUUGUAGCAACAGGGAAGGAGUGUGGAGUUGGGAUGGGCAGAGAUGAUGCCUGCUCAUCCAUUGGACAGUUUAAAGCAAUCACAUAAGAUUGUGUUUGAAUUA